ACGUAUGCACGCAGUAUGUGUCAGGUCAGCGUGUCAAGCCAGACUAUGGGAAGCUCAGCUCCAGUGUGUGUGUGUGUGUUUUUUUGCCCCAACGCUCCACUACUAUCGCCCGUCUGCUGGAAGUGCUGCCGCAGCAGCACUGGCUGCUUCGCCCCAUGUUUCACUGGGCAUAAAUUGAAGUCUCAGAGAUCUGAAACCUUCAGUGUCGGUUUAGUCUCGCUCCGCCACCUUUACACACCAAGCGCACGCAGCCUUUCUGCAGCUUCAUCCCCAACCAUGAAGAUCUUUAUUAUGGCGAUUUUUCUGGCCGUCGCGUCAGCUGGACCCGUUCCAAAUGCAUACGGUAUUGAUGGUCUGGGUGGAUCACCUUAUUACUAUCCGGGGGCCUAUUUGGGAGCAAACUAUCCUGGCCAGCCAGAGCAACAGUUUGUGCGGCUACCUGGUGAUUUUGUCGUGGAACAACAGCCUAUCUCCAAAUACAUCGCUCCGGCAGCAAUCAACGCUGCUGAUCGUUUCGGCAAUCCUCAGGGAAUUCAACUGGUUUUGUCAGUCCCGUCGGCCGUUCCCCCCGGCACGUCUGUCUCUGUCACUGUCAACGUGAACUCGGAACCGAACGGCGCCACAGUGGUAUCCGUAUCCAAUCCCGUGGUCUCGGCUCCCGCACCGACUGCGCCGCAGGAAUCUAUUAUCGUAGACGCCAACAGCAAUAAAGAGCCAGCAACUGCUGGACAGCUCCCGGACGAGUUCGACCAGCGUGAACCCCCCAUAAUGUUCUUACCACCAUUCGAAAACUCAAAGGACUCACCAGUGUUGAUUGCGAUGCAGGGAGAAGCCCAGCAGCAACAACUGGCAGCGCUGCUAAAGACGAAAACCUUUUAAAUCUUGCACUUGCUCUUUCAACUUUGAGUGCCCUACGUCGAAUCCAUCACAAUCAAUUAGGAAUAUCAUCUCGGCCCUCCGGCAGCUUUAAAUCACGUCUUUACCAUUCUACUAUUCCAUUUUUCUAGCUAUCUUGUGUGUGCGUCCACUGAACAGUUGAUUUUGAAAAAAAAAAGUUGAAAACUGUGGAAAAACCCAUUCAGAAAAAAAAAUAAGAAAAGAAAAGCAAGUUUCGGGCCAAAAACAUUCCGGAUGUGCAGCAAUUUAUGAAAAGAUCAACAAGCGCAUUAAGCCUUUUUUUAAGUUUCUUCAUGCAUGGAUUUGCGGUUCUACAGAGACUUCCAACUGAUCAUUUACCCUCUUUAUAUAAUAAACGCCAUUUCCUUUUUGCUAAUUAAUCAAUUAAACAAGAGGGACAUAAAACAAAACAA